AUGCAGCGUACCAGCACGAUUGGAGCCCGCUCAAGUCAUGGCAUUCCCAUAGAUUAUCGAACACUCUCCAUUCGUGUGGACGAGCGUGAUCUCCCACAGAAGACAACUUCGGCCGAUCCUGUCGACGCUAUCGCAAACAUCGACGUCCACCUCAUCAGCACCGAAGAUGUCUUCACCCGAUACUCUACCCACCCAGAUAUGGGACUCGAGCCAGCCUCUGUCGAGCGCAAGCUCACGGCUCAGGGGAAGAACCUCAUCAGCCCGCCACCGACCCAGUACUGGAAGAAGGGUCUCAACUACGUUUUUGGCGGCUUUAACUUCCUGAUGUGGCUUGCUUUCAUUCUCGUUCUCCUGUCUUAUGAGCCGCUCGGGGGCUCUACACCCGCUGCCUUCAACCUAGGCGUUGCGGUGCUUUUGAUAAUCGUCAUCGCCGUGUCCGCGCUCUUCUAUGCCCUCGUUGACUGGAAUGCGUCGAGGAUCAUGAAGUCUAUCAAGUCCCUGAUCGCCGAGGACGCUGCAGUCAUCCGCGAGGGCAAGCAACAAAUGAUACCCGCUGCCGACAUCGUCGUCGGUGAUCUUAUCGCUCUCGCUUCCGGAGACCGAGUCCCCGCGGACCUCCGCAUCGUCCAGGCCUCUUCAGACCUGCGCUUCGACCGGUCCCUUCUGACAGGCGAGAGUGACAUGAUCCCCGGCUCACUCACCGCAACGUCAGACAACGCGCUCGAGACGCGCAAUCUCGCGCUGACGUCGACGUUCGUCGUGCAGGGCAGCUGCACCGGCGUUGCGUUCGCCACUGGUGACCGCACGGUGAUGGGCCGUCUCGUGUCCAUGUCGGGGGACACCAAGUUCAAGCUGACGACGAUCCAGCGGGAGGUGUGGUACUUCACGAAGAUCAUCUCGGUUGUUGCGCUGUCGUUCUUCUCCCUCUCCCUUCUGCUUUGGGGUGUCUGGCUGCGCACAUCGUAUCCUGGGUUCGCGACUGCGAGCAUGGCCAUCGUGAACUCGAUAGGCUGUUUGACUGCUUUCGUCCCUCAGGGUCUCCCUGUCUCCGUUGCCCUCUCGCUCACGGUCAUCGCACGUCGCAUGAGCAAGCGCCACGUCCUUGUCAAGAACCUGGCCACCAUUGAAACCCUUGGUUGCAUGUCCGUUCUCUGUUCAGACAAGACCGGUACUCUGACCGCCGGGAAAAUGUUUGUUGAGAACUUUGCGUUCAUCGACCGCUCCGUUAACGUCAAUGAGGACCUCGAUAACGCCAUCGCUGCCAACAACAAGCCCCUAGCCGGUCUGACCGCGCUCCACCAGGUAGCCCGCCUCUGUAACGCAGCCAAGUUCGACGGAUCCGCGAAAGCCGACGUUCCCAUCGCAGACCGUGCCGUCAAAGGAGACCCGACCGACACGGCGCUCCUCCGCUUCUCCGACGGGCUCGUUAUCCCGGACCUCGGCAUCGACUCGGCUCAGCUCCUUAGCAAAUUGGAGAAGAUCUUCGAGAUCCCGUUCAACUCGAAGAACAAAUGGGCUAUGACGGUCGUCAGGAAGAAGGGCUCAGACGAGACGUUUAUGCUCGUCAAGGGUGGGCCGGAUGUGCUCUUCGGGGCGUGCUCGAGGGUUAUGCUGGCUGAUGGAAGCGAGACACCGCUGGACGCUCGUGCGCGGCAGGAGCUAACGACGCUCCAGAGUGAGUGGUCGAGCGAGGGACAGCGUGUGCUUGCUCUCUGCCGUCGUUCCCUAGACGGACUCAAGCCUGGCCUCAAUGCCAACGAGAUGGAAGAGCUCAUGUACGCCGAACUCCAGGAGCUCACUCUCAUUGGCCUUGUUGGGAUUCGCGACCCGCCCCGCUCGGAUGUGCCUGCUGCUAUCGAGGUGAUCCGCAGAGCUGGAGUCAGGGUCUUCAUGGUCACCGGUGACUUCAAGCUUACCGCAGUUUCUAUCGCACGUCAGGUUGGUAUUGUCAGCCAGAAGCACAUCGACAGCCUCGCAGACGUUCAGCUACUCCAUAAAGAAGGUCACUUCGCCCCCCGUAACAAGUCAUUGCGCAAGCCCGACCCCGACGAUCCUAUCCGUGCACUCGUUCUCACCGGCGAUGAAGUCUCAUGUCUCAGCUCCUCGGACUGGGACGUCAUCACAACUUUGUACACCGAGAUUGUGUUUGCGCGUAUGACGCCAGACCAGAAGAUGCGCAUCGUCGAGGAAAUCAAGGCCCGCGGGGACAAUACGGUCGCUGUCACCGGUGAUGGUGUCAACGACGCGCCAGCGCUCAAGGCUGCUGAUAUCGGCGUGGCGAUGGGAAGUGGAAGCGAUGUUGCAAAGGAAGCAGCGGCUCUUGUUCUGCUCAACAACGACUUUGCUUCCAUCCCCGUUGCAAUUGAGAUGGGUCGCUUGGUCUUUGAUAAUCUUCGCAAAGUCACAUUGUUCUUGAUGACAGCUGGAAGUUACGGGGAGUUCAUGGCGACUUUCUCGAACGUCUUUCUUGGGAUGCAGAUCCCCAUGAGCUCGUAUCUCCAAGUAUGCUUCUGUAUCACAAACGACGUGGUUAUGGCGGUGUCCCUGAUGUACGAGAAAGCCGAGGCUGACCUCAUGCUCCGCAAACCCCGCAAUGUGCGCACUGAUCGCCUGGCGGACUGGAAGGUCUUCUUUCAGGUUUACUUUGUGACCGGCUUGAUGCAAUGGGUGUGCGCGAUGGCCAUGUGGUUCCUCUACAUGUCACAGCACGGACUCGGCUUUUACAAUGUCUUUCUCGUAUACAACAAGUGGACUAGUGGAUGGCAAGGCUACAGCACCAGCCAACUCACACACUUUGCCUCAGUCGGCGAGUGUUGCUACUACGUGACGCUCGUCAUUAUGCAGUGGGGCGGCCUUAUGGCCGCACGGAACCGUCGCGUUUCGAUUCUCACGUCUAACCCUCUAUGGGGCCCUCGCAAGAACCUCGUCAUUAUUCCGAGCAUGAUCACCACCAUCUUGAUUGCCAUCGUCAACUUCUACGGGCCAGGUCUUCAGCAUGUUUUUGCUACCGCGCCUAUCCCCGGCAUAUUCUGGGGUCUGCCAUUCGCAUUCGCGCUGGGCAUUGUGAUCUUCGACGAGGCAAGGAAGCUCGUGGUACGGACUUAUCCAAAGUCGUUUAUUGCGAAAAUUGCAUGGUAG